UUUCUUUUAUUCAAAACUGAAUCCACCUUUGUGGCAAUUCAUCUCUUCCCACAAAGGCACUAUCUACAAAUAUAUUCUAAAACACUUUAGCCAGCGUACAGAGAAUUUAAAGUAAUUUAGUACAUUAAAAGUAAACAUAUUGAUAUGUAUUUUGUAUUGCUUUUUCAAUCUUUCUGUUGCUGGCUUUGCUCACUACCGUUUGGAUGUCAAAUUCUUGAAUGCUUGGACAAAGUGACAAUUUUUAUUCAGCUCCUUUUACUGAGUUGGAUUCUUUAAAAAAAGAUGCUAUGUUGAGUUUCCACUUAUUCACUUCGAAUUUAUAGUGUUAAAUAGGUAAAAUAUGUAAAGGGGGAGAUUUAAUGAGAGUACUGGCACAGAGUUUGAGGCUUGCCACCACUACGGUAUUAAUAUUGUAUAAUUUGUUGAUUUACAAAGCACAGAAACUCAUUUUAAAAAUUUGUAAUUUGCUGCAUCCUGAACGGUGUUGGAUCAUGACAAUAUUGCAUCUAUAUUUUCAGAUGUAUUUGAGCUGUUAAAGGACAUUGAUCUUUGUUGAAUUUGUUUCUGUAUUACAUGAGUAUUCCAGAAUUUUAACAAAUGCUUGUUUCAUUCUGCAAUUCCAUCUGAGCAAAAUUGCUUAAUUGCCAAAGUGACAAAAUUUUUUUACUUUUUUCCAAGGCAUAGGAUUUUAAUCAAUGAUGGCACCAUGGGAAAUUGUGUAAUCUUAACAGAUUACAACAGUAGAAUACAGAUGUUGCACAAUUGAAAAGUUUCAAACAAAAUUGAAAAUCUCAACUACUGGAGACAAUUGACAGGUUAAAAAGGGGUAAUGGAAAGAGAAUGGGGUUAUGUUCCAAAUCAAUGAUACUUUAUUAGUUUUAUAAAGUAUAAUUGCCUCUUGUAACCCUUUUCUGAGACAAAAUGGAAUGCCAUCAGAAGUGAUGCAAGUCUAUUUUUUGAAUAUCCUCUACACUUUUUAAAAUUUUAAGUGAAGCAUAAACUGGUUUAGACAGUAAAUUACACACAUUUUCACCUUUUGGAAAAGUUAAACCUUUUCAAAAUUGCUUUGUUGUUCGCAGUACGCCUCUGAACCAAGUGCGAUAGCAAUUAUAUGAAAACUACAAAAGGCUCAGAGAUAAUGUAUCCUUACUCUAUUGCUAUUCUAGUGCUGCAGCCAAGGGGUAUGGAACUGAACUGACAGACGGUAAAAUGGGAGGGUGGGGGUUGAGUAUGGGCCAUCAUCUCGGUGCGAAAGAGAAGUGUUUGCUGGCAGCCUUUGUUGCGUGGAUAUCCUUUGUUGGAUAGAAUUUGGCUAUACUUCCAUUCGGGUGAACAGGUCGGCGGUUCGGGAGAGAUCAGACGUUAGACAUGCGACUGCAUGUUGACUAUUCCUUGCGGGAAACUCGUUGUCUAAGGAACGGUUGUUGGUUGCAGCCCGGAGCAAUGCCUGUCCGGCCAGCUCUAGGAAUGGCGUGGGUCGAACGAGCGGGAGGUCGGUGCCAACUCAGCCAGACAGAACACCGAUGCCACCAUUUGCUACCACGUGGUCCGUGGGGUGGGGGUGGGGAGUCACGUGGUGUGGACGGGCGGUGCGUGUGUUAUUUAGAGGCCUGGCAGCGGGCUCCAGCACCUCGACAGCCAGAGAACGGACACCUGCGGCUGCCCCCAGGGGGUGGGUAAGCAGACAGCCAGCGCGCCCGCUAAAGGCUGCGACUAGACCGAGGUAAUGAAUCGACUGGCGUGUGCGGCGGUGAGAAAAAGUAAUGGUGGGAUUGGGAUGGAGAUGGGGGAGGGCGCGGGAGUAACCACUACUACCAACACCAACCCGCUAGCGGAGAAAACCAGGCGGGCAGGCUGCCACUCGAGGCCGAGGCGCCUUUUGUUCGGUUAUGCAUGGGGGCUGGCGUGGGCCUCGGCUGCGCACUCCCUCCCACCCACGGGCUGCCCAAACACUUGAGAGAGAGGAACAGGCGAGAUGAGCGGUGAGGGGCGCGGGACCUCUGACAACCACGGCUGCGUUUGGCUUGACCGGACCCGGGCCAGCCUGGUUCGUCCGGCGGGGAGAACAGGGCCCCAGCCCGGCCGCCUCCCACAAUGGAGAGCAAUCACAUGUCCGGCUGCGCCCAUUGUCUGCGAACCUUGAACGAUCUGCCCUGACAGCCGUUCCUAAACGCAUCCCGACUCCCUUCUCUCUUUAUCAGGCAAGCACCACAAAUAAAAUCCCGCUGCAGAAUCGGUCCAUGUGAAGUUGGCCGCCGCGAAAACAGCGCGUUAAAUCCCCCAUUUAUUCCUCCGCCGCUUUAUUAAUAUAAAUGGGAGUUGUUGCUGCUUCCCUUCCAGGAUGUCCUUGCCGAGCCGAGUGUGGAGAGGACGCCUGAGCCUCGGUGAUGGCUGACGGCAGCCAGGAGCUGCCGGGCUUCUCUCGCCCUCCUUUCUGCUCCAUGGCCGUGCAUUGAUUGAGGCGUCGCUGCGAACUGCAGGCUACUCAACGGAUUGCAAGCGCAGACCUCUGUAGUUUAAUAACACGCGCGCACACACUCACACUCAUACACACAUCGCCAUGGACGGAACAGAAACUGAUGCCAUCGCUCCCCAUCAUCUUCAGCUUGAAGACAGUGACGUGAUGAAGUCUCCACCAUCCUGCCUCAAGUCUGGCAACGUCAAGGUCUAUCUCAAAAAGUGGAGCAUCUGGGAUAAAUUUUACAACUUGGGGACCGAGAUGAGAAUGUCCAAAAGGGGCAGGUUUAUGUUUCCAUACUGUGAAUAUUCUAUCUCUGGGCUGGAUCCUGAGAAAAACUACAUCAUGGCAAUGGACAUCUCUCCAGUGGACAACUAUCGCUAUAGGUACAAUGGAUGCAAAUGGCAGAUAAAUGGGAAAGCAACACCACAUGUGAUGGGGAGGCUUUAUUUCCAUCCAAAUGGCAGUGUUUCUGGAAAAGAGUGGAUGGUAAGGCCAUUGUCUUUUGCCAAACUCAGAUUAACCAAUUGCCCUACUGCAGCUGAAGGCAGUGCAAUCCUUCAUUCAAUGCAUCGAUAUAUCCCCCAAUUACACAUUAUUGUGGCUGAUGGAAUCAUUGAGAAGCUGAACCUGAACGAUCCUCGUGUCUACACAUUUGUCUUUCAACAAACUGAGUUUUUUGCUGUGACUAAGUAUGAGAAUAAGUUUAUCAGGCAGCUAAAACACUUCUAUAAUCCUUAUGGCACUGCAUUUCGUGAUAUGAAGAUCUCCAAACAGGAUGUUGCAAAUAGCCGAAGACCUCGGAGGCGAUGUGAAAAGAAGCCCUUCUUUGAUGUAGUUGAAAUACAUGGCACCACAAAUGAUCAAGAGUCGGAGCAGAAACUGAAGGCAAUUAUUCCCUUAAAGGAUGGAGCAGGAAAAAUCCAGGAAUCUACAAAUAAUGAAGAACCUUUGAAACAAAUGAGAACAAUUAUGCAUGCAGAAAGUGACUUGCAAAUAAAACAGUUGUUUAGUUUUGAAGAUCUUCAGGACCAGACUGGAGAAAUUGAAAAGCUUGAAGAGAAACUACGGGAAGAGCUGAGAUGGAAUGGAUCGCAUGAAAUACUGCAUCCAGUGCUACAGCGAUGUGUAAAGCUAAGUGGCCUUCACUCCACCGAAUGGUUAAACUUGAAACAUUUGGGACCAGCUUUGAUCCAUGAGCAUUCUGUUCCCAGCUGUGAGCAGAAUGUUGAAUCGAGUUAUUUUAUUACUGGAUCUGAGACACAUACAAUUCGAGAAACCGGGAUUCCCUUUAUUUCCCGGACAGGAAAAACAAAUGACCUCACCAAGAUUAAAGGCUGGAAGAACAAGUUUAAUCUGCAACCUGGGUCACCUGAUGACAAACCAAAUCCAUUAACUACAAGUGCCACCACUACAGUUCUUAAAAAUAGAUCAGCAUUUGUUAGUGAUCUGCUGGAUGAAUAUUUGGAGAAGGAAGGGAAGAUUAUCGAGCAGCAAUCUCUACUGUACGACUAUGAUAUGCCUGAAAUUGGUUGUGGUACUCCUAACCUGUUCGAUUCACCAUGCAAUAUUCAACAAAACUCUAGCAUCAGUUCACCUGACUUUGUUGUGCCCCCAAAAAUUAAAUCUUCACCAUUGGAUAUGUCACCUGUCUUAGAGAAACACUUCAGCGUUACUAACAAAGGGAUAUUUAUCAGAGAUAUUCAAAGCAACAGCAUGAAUAGGAAGGCAAGGAGGAGAAGGCAGAACAGCAAUUCAGCAACUAAAAGGUCGAAAAUAUCCACUAAAUAUAAGAAAGCUUCGCGAUUAUCGAAUAAGAGUAGCCAGUCUGGAUUUCAUGCUACAUCCCAACAAAAGAAAAAGUUGAAAACAAGUUCUACGAAUCUUAAAGUUGUGCGUGUGGCAUCAGGUUCCAAAGGUGGAAAGAAAUCUGGUGGUUCAGGAAGUCAAAAUAAAGCAGUGUACAUUUCAGAUUAUAAAAAUGGUGAAGAGCUAGAAGAAAGAUGUAAGCAGCUACCAGCGACAACAAACAGAUCAUCAGACUCUAAAACCAUUGAAAUAAUAUCCUACUGUUCAUGGAAUGAGAGUCGUGUUAAGAUUAUUAAGCUGAUUGCAGAGUGUGCUAUGGCUAAUAGACUUCCCUGUACACAGCGGCUAGACAAGUAUGAAAUCCAUUUGGAGAAAAGAGAAGGCACUUCGCUGUUCUCCCCUAAAAAGUGUGUUGAUUUAAGAGCAACCAUCCAGAAUUUCUCUGACUCUGAGGGCGUCUUUGACAAGCCAAUGAUGCAAACCAUGGUGAUCGAAGCCGUGGUUGGCAACUCUGCUUUUAAAGCAAAACUGAGUCAUUUAAUAUCCAAGGCUUCCAAGGGUGGUUCCGACCCACCACCUGUCAAACAGAUUAGUUCCCCAGUCCAUGUUGUAAUGGAUUUAGAAAAGAUUGUAUCGUCACCUGAAAAGCCCCAGAGUGGCACUACUACCGAUAGACUGACUCCAGAAGAUCCAGCUCAGUCUCCUCCCAUGUUGAUUGCCCAGCAAAGGGAACAAGAUGUCUUUAUGUCAACCACUGACACUACAGUGAAAAGUGUUACAGAUGCCCCCUCUUCCAUUAAAUCUGCUGUCACUACAUUCCAGAAGAUAGGGGCUUUGAGUACAUUGGUGACCAGUACAACUCCAGCACCUACUUCAAGCUGCUUUGUGAAUCCCAUUGCAUCACAGAAAAAAACUGAAACCUCUUCUGCUCCAACUCGUUACCUGUUGUGUAAGACAAAAUAUUCUGGAUUGCCUUUAGGACCAACUGACUCUCUUGAUCAAGAUGGCCGACGGUACUGUGUCACCGUCCCAAGCACUUUGAAGAUACCGCCAGGAGACAGUCUAAUACUUCAUCCUGUUAAGUCUUUGGAUGGACGACAAUUAUACAAACACUCCAGUGGAAAAGUUUUCCAACUAGUUUACAGAAAGACUGCAGGACAAAUCCCAGUAAAAAAGUUUGACAGCCCUCAGUCACCUGUUUUAGAAACACCACCUGCUGCUACUUUGGAAAGUGAUGGUAUCACUUCUCAUUGCACAACGGCUGCUACAAGUUCAGAAUCAGAUGCCAAACAUCGACCGUCAGACAGGACAGGUUUUUGCACCUCUGCAUCUCUUCAUGAUGCUGUUGCCUGUGAUCCAAUAACACCAUCAGUUCAGAGCAGUUCGACAACUUGGAAAUUGGUGGAUGAAGUUUCACCACCCCAUUCGAGGCAUUUCUUCCCAGAAACCACCCCAACAGAGGUCAGACAGCUCAACAGGCCCUAUGCUAUCAUUCCUUCAGCUGAUUGCCAAUCCAAACCAAAUACUGAUGAAUUAAGCAAUGACGUACUUGACCUAAAAACAGAAAUGGGUCCAGUGAAAUCUCCCGAGCCUGAAGAAUACAAUGACAUUACUGGUAAUGUCAGGGCCUUUCCUAUGAAAGGUAGAGGCUUUGCUGUCACUGAAGCUUAUGAAACUCAAUGGGUGCCAGCAAACAGAUUUGAAGAGUAUCACAAAAGGACUGAUCUCACACAGUUUGAUAUACACAACCCUAGAGAAACAUUUGUUAAGGUGGAGAGGGAAGUAUCGGAAAUCAAUACCUGUGAACUGGUUGAUCCUGAUAGUUCUGAAAUAUGCACUAUGAAAGUAAAGGAGGAACCUUUGAAUAAUGAAGAAGAUGAUAGUUUUACUACAUUAAGAGAUGAUGCAUUUAGAAGCUCCAAGUUGUGGAACCAGUCAUUCAAUUUGAACACAGAAGCUGUGACUGAAGCAGAAUUAGGUGUACAGACUCAUUCAAAUACUAGAGGUCGAAUUGGAUUUGGAAACUCAUUAACUGACCAUAUGCCUGAUGUGCCUCACAGGGGAUUUUUCCAGAGUUCACAAUCAAUCACCCACUCCACUAGAAGAAAGGCAUUUCAGCCCACAGAGUUGUGUGAAGCUCGAAAGAAGGCAAUAUUGCAUAACUUGAGAGAACGCGAGUCCCGUAAGAUGAUGGAAAAUCGCUUUAAAAUACUGAAGAACAACCUUUUUGAUGACAGACAAAUGGCUUCAAAGGGUGUUAUCCUUGAUGAGGCCAUUGAUGUAAUCACUAACUUGGAUAAACAGUUUAAAAAUCUUACAAUGGAGAAGGAACUCCUUCUGGGGAAACAAAAAAUUCUGUUAGAGAAGCUUUCUCUCUUAUCUGAAAUGGAACCAACUAUAACACAAGGCGGCGUUGAAGCUGGUGAAAUAAUUGAAUCUGGAGAUACUUUGAAUUUCUCAAGGGAGAGAGACCCUUCUCAGAAUUCCUUUGGAAUGAAAUGGUAUUCAGAACGUAGUCCUUUGGAAGGCAUGCCUGAUCGCAGGGCAGAAACUGGAGUGACUCUGAAAUACGAGAUGAAUUCAGCUAAUUCUGAUGAUAUAGUUGCUGUUAAAGUUGGUGACUACUUAAGUGAGAAAUAUAACAAUCAGCUUGACUAUCCUGAUGGGACUGGCACCUUUCAAGCGAAAGAAGAGAAUAUUAACGAUGGUGAAUGCUCUGCCUUUGAUUCUCCAAAGGAACAUUGUUCUGGAAGUUCCAGGUUCUGUAGCUUUUCAGAUUUCAGCACUGAUAUGGAAGCAUUGAAUAAACUUAACAUGGGUACACAGAGGUAUGUUGAACCAAAGUUUGGUUGGACAGCCAGGGGGAAUGGAACACAUCAUAAACGGGAAGAGAAAGAAUCACGCACUUUGAUGGAAGAUCGGUUUAAAUUAUUGGAGAGCACAGUUUUUAAUGACAAAAAGGCCCCAAAAGGAGCCAUUCUCCUCAAGGCCAUUAAUGUAAUCAGCGAUUUAGAUAUACAAUCAGAUCAACUCUCCAUGGAAAAGGAACUGUUAAUGAAAAAGCAGAGUAAAUUGCUAGCGGAAAUUUCACAUCUUUCAAGUUUGAGAUCUCAAGUACUUCAGGAACAGACAGAUGAUGGACAAUUCAGUGCAGAGGGAACCUCUGACGUACAGGCAUUAACCUUUCAGAAACCUUCUGAUCCUCACUGGCGUAAAAACAGUGAUCCUUCUGAAGCUGCGGUAAUUAACAAUAACAUGUCAGAACAUCAGAGUGAUAAAGGAAUUCAAUGGGAGCAAGAUGAAGUGAAGGUCAGCAGCUUAAAUACCGGCAAGAUGGAAGGAAACACCAAAGAGAAUUACCAAGAAGUUAUGAGCACUGAUUUUUAUGACCUCUCUGCAAUAAGACAAAAGGCUUGUAAUGGUCAAGGUGAAGAUGCCUUCUUCUCUGUAGGGAAAGCAUCGUCUAUUGGCAGCUCUGAUUUUGGCAGUCAUUCUGAUUUCGACUUAAAUAUGGAUGAAGUAAAUGAAAUUGAUGUGGAAAUACUGACUCAUUCGGAGAGUGAAAAUGUGGACUUUGAGGUGGAGGAUGAUUAUGACCUCUCAGUGUGUGAGAAAUUAUGUGCACCUCCCAGGUGGCAUUUUCAUAAUUAUUCACAAUCGCAUAAGGCUCCACGCAAGAAAAGGAGCUGCAUUGAGUCUGAGCUAGGGAAGACCAGGAAGAAUCCACUGCUGCACACCCUGAGAGAGCGAGAAUGGCGCAAACAGAUGCAGAAACGUUUCAACGAGCUGAGGGAGCUGCUCUUCCAGGAUGAGAGAGUUUCAAAGCGUGCCAUCCUCAUUGAGAGCAUCAAUGAAAUCCAUAAUUUGUGUCAACAAAGCCGUAAACUGUGUGUGGAGAAGAAGCUGCUGAUGAAAAAGCACAAGGCGUUGUUAAAAAUAAUUUCAGUCCUCUCAGCUGAGAAGAAAGUUAGGAAUCAGAAAAGUUGUGAGAAGAAUUCUGAGGACUAUGAACAUAACGGAGCCACUCUUUCUACAGGACAGCCUCUGUCAUCUGCUGCAAAGGAGACUAGUGAAGAAUCAACACUUGUACCAAUAGCUGGAACUCCUUUUCAUCUCCUCCGUGAGAAAAUUGCAGUUCCUCCUCAUGGUGAAGAGCCAGAAGGACGUGGCACCAAACAACUGAUGUCAGAGAGUGCUUUGGUAUGCCAUCAAGAGGAGACGCAUUUAACUUUUCCAGAGGAUUACAUGCAUAAGUCACCAGCCCAAUCAAGAGAGGGAGUGGUCCUACAGAGGCAGGUAUUAAGUUCCGGACAAGUUUGUGAUGUGGUACCAAGAGCUGUAAAUGUAGCAUCCAAGAAGCUUAAGACUGUGAAUGAUGAAGAAGAGCAUGUGAACUCAUUGAGCCAGAAGUUCAAAGCGACAACAGAGUUGAUGCCAAUAAAUGAAAGUCAACUCGCAAAGCAUGCACAGGAUCCUUUGUUUUGGUCAAUGUCACCAAGCCAUGGCAGUACGACAGUCCCUCUGACAAAAGAUCAGUCAGAUCCAAGAUUGGCAGGAAAAGGGAAGUUGCAGGUAAUGAGAUCAACAAAGGGACAGGAUAUUCUUCAAAAACUGGCCAAGAAAGUGCAGGAGGCAGCAAUUAAACCGUGGGUAUGGAAAUCAAAGCGAGAAGAUUCCGAGAAUGUUCCACAAACAUUGUUUGAAAGUGGUAACAAGUUAAUCCAGUGUUUCCAAAAGGCUUCCACCGUCUCUGACAGUGAAUCUCCCAUCGCUCCAUUUGAAUAUGCAGAUACAACAAAGGUCUUUGGAGAAGGUAAGAGCUUGCAUAGACUUCUGCCAGACCAAAUAUUGAAGCAGGGUCCAGCACUGAAUAGAGGAGAAGAGGGGCAAAUGGAAUCUGAACUGGACAUGGACUCUGCCUCCUCCAUGGAUUCUACCACAGCAGCACAUGCAGUCAGAGAACCCAAAAUAUUCAUAUCUUCCAUAGAUAUUCAUUCAGCCAAUGAAGCAAAUGCAAAUGGAGGCUACUUGGUCCUGGAUUCCACACAAUAGUAGGA